GGAUGAUUAAUUUCCGUCUCUCUUCUCAUCUUCUUCUUCUUCUUCUUCUUUGCCAAUUUGAUGACAAUAUGGCACGUUGCUGCUCUCUUUGUGAUCUUUUUCCAUAUUAAUGAUUUGUUUCUAUUCGUGUUUCAUAUGUUGGAGGUCGUAAAUCGCAAGAAUCUUCUUGCCUAUGUUUCUCUCUUUUUCUUUUUCAAUCUGGAGGUUCAUGUAAUGCUGAGCAGAGCCCUUUCGGCUGAUUUUAAAAGAACUUGUAGAUCAGAUUGCUAUUACUCUUAACUCUUCUUCUUUUAAGAUUACUAGUAUUUCGAAUUUUAGCAACCUGUGUAAGGAAUGGAUAUUUAAUCUGCAUCGUUUGUUUGGCCUCCUGUCUAGUUCUUAGCUCCAAGUAUUUGUCUUUUUCACUUUUGUUGCUUUCUAUGUCCAUCAAAGAAAGCUGCCAACAUGGCCGUUAGUAUAAAACCUGAUCUUCAACCUUUCCUUGUGGGUUGGUUCUUUCCAAAAAAUUGUAUUGCUUUGAAAUUGUGGCUUGUUCAUGGGUAUUAUCAAUUUGUCUUGAAUAGUUUUUUGUUACUUGUGUGUCGAGAAAUCUUCUUGGAAUACGUGAAGUCUGGUCACUAUCUAGUCGUUUUCAUUUUUCUGGCAGCCACCUGAACUAAUGUUUUAGACUUUAGUCGUUGCUUUCACGGGUUGCUUCACAAGUAGGGCAACUUGGUAUUCUUAUUUAUAUUUCACAAACAGAUAUGGUGUGAGCUGAUUUUUAGAUCUCUGUUAUCAACUGUGGAACAUACCUUCCUCUUUGUUGAUGCCGAUGAACCUAUUGUUUGGAGUGUUUUAACGAAGUUUCUAUUGCCCCCAUCACAUUCAUGACAAAAAUCUUGGCCUCCCGGUUUUCAAACGUUCUAUUCACGUUAGUCAUGAUAUUUGACCUAGUAACAGAAAUAGUUGAUUUUCUUACAUGUCUAUAUUUUGUAUUAAUCAAAAAUUUGAAUGUUGAUUGUCAGUAUCCAUUCUAGAAGGUCAAAGAAGUACUUCUCAUCCUUAAAUAUGAAUGGAGGGACCGUGUGGAAGUUGAGGUCCCCAAUUUAUUUGGCGCUGCUUACUCUCUAUUGGUUACCCUUUUCAUAAGUAGGGCCCAAUGUGGGUGAUCAAGGAACAUCUGCCCUUAGCUUAUCCUCCAAUCCCUUGGCCAAUCUGUCAAAUGCAGAUGCCUCCCCUGAUGCUCUUUGUCUAAUUUUUUGCUUUCAUUUUUUAAGUACAACUUGUUUCAAAAGUAAAUCUCUCUGGAUUCUUGUUAUGAUAUGAUAAAAGUUCCCAGGGUUGAUGAUGGCCUACGAGCACACCAUUCAAGAACCUGCAGGCCAGUUUGGAUCUGAUGGGAAUGUUUCCCUGAAGCAAAAGUGGGAAUCAAUUCCAACUCGAACCACAACUUCUGAAGAUGGGAACGAUGAUUUCGAUUGCAAUAUUUGCCUAGACUCGGCGCAUGACCCUGUGGUCACCUUCUGUGGUCACCUGUACUGCUGGCCUUGUAUUUAUAAGUGGCUCCAUGUGCAAAAAUCUUCUCUUGAACCAGAUGAGGACCCCAAGUGCCCUGUCUGCAAGGCUAACGUUUCCCAGUCAUUAUUGGUCCCUUUAUACGGGCGUGGAACAUCAAAAUCCGAAGCCCAGAGGCCUCAAAUGGAUGUGGCCGCUCCUCGCAGACCCCCUGCUUCUCCUCGUCCAAAUCAGCAGCUCCAUUCUUAUCCUCUCGUUUCACACCCUCGCCCAUUAAUUCAUCGCCCACAACACUACUCCCCUUACCCUUACCCUUAUGGUGGUGAUUAUUCUUCCACGACCGGUAUCUUCAGUCCAAGAGUUGGCAUGUUCCGGGAGAUGGUGUUUGCGAGGAUGUUGGGGAAUCCAGGCUCAGGGACAAGUUUAUUUCCUUAUCCACACACUAAUGGCAGGCGUAGGAUGAGAAGGCAGGAGAUGCAGAUUGACAAGUCUCUCAGUCGAGUGUCCAUCUUUCUCUUUUGUUGCAUCAUUCUGUGCCUUCUCUUGUUUUGAGUCUCUUCUGAUCUUGUCUUGCCCUCUGUAUAGUGCUGUGAAGAAGUUAUGGGGUUUGAUUUGAUGAGUUCAUCAACGGUUAGGAAUAGGUUAGCAUGCUCUGUAAGUCAAUAACAUCCCAUAUAUAUAUAUAUAUAUAUAUUUAAAAGGAGUGAUUAUCCUUAAAUCCAA